ACCCGUAUCAUCAGACAACUAUAAAGAAUGCUACAAGGGUUCCAAAGAGGUGAGGUCACACCCAGUUGAGUAAAGCAAGGAAUAUACUUUGAGGACAGGUGACUUUUAAGCUUGGCCUUGAAUCAGGAAGGAAAGAGAGAUUAAGACAUCUUUAAGGCAAGACUACACCAUAAACCAGAUACCUUGACCAAAGAAAAACCCUAAUGAGCUAUUGCAAUUUGAGAUCUUAAAGUUCUUAUAUACGUUUUCCUUUCCUUACAUUACAUUUUAAAACAAGGUCUGCUAUAACACAAGUUAACAGACUUCGGAAAUGAUAAACAUACUUUGUUAUUGGCUGAUGUUUGCACUGUAUUUGGAAUAGAUUAAAGACCUAGAAUAACUUUCUUAGGAGAUUAAUAAGGUAAUGGGAAAAAAUAAAAUUUUGUUUCCUCUCGAUAAAUUUAUAGUAGUCAUGUACUUUUUUCGAGUUGCUAACGCAUGUCUUUUUAUUUCAAGCAGGACUAUAAUAUGGAUUUAGAGCUCAAGGAUUAUUCUAACAGGACACUUGCGACGGAGAACAAUACUGCUGCCACUCGGCAUUCUGGCUUUCCAGUCUGGGAAGACUAUAAAAGCAGUGUAGAUGACUUACAGUCUUUUCUGAUUGGGCUCUACACAUUUGUCAGUCUUCUUGGCUUUAUGGGGAAUCUACUUAUUUUAACGGCUCUCAUGAGAAAGCGUAAUCAGAAGACUAUAGUGAACUUCCUUAUAGGAAAUUUGGCCUUCUCUGACAUCUUGGUUGUGCUGUUUUGCUCACCUUUCACACUGACAUCUGUCUUGCUGGAUCAGUGGGUGUUUGGCAAAGUCAUGUGCCAUAUAAUGCCUUUCCUUCAGUGUGUGUCAGUUCUGGUUUCAACUUUAAUUUUAAUAUCAAUUGCCAUUGUCAGGUAUCAUAUGAUAAAACGUCCUCUUUCUAACAGUUUAACAGCAAACCAUGGCUAUUUCUUGAUAGCUACCGUCUGGACACUAGGUUUUGCCAUUUGUUCUCCUCUGCCAGUGUUUCACAGUCUUGUGGAACUUCAGGAAACAUUUGGCUCAGAGACAUUGAGCAGCAGGUAUUUAUGUGUUGAGUCGUGGCCGUCUGAUUCAUACAGAAUUGCUUUCACUAUCUCUUUAUUGCUAGUUCAGUAUAUUCUGCCCUUAGUUUGUCUCACUGUAAGUCAUACCAGUGUCUGUAGGAGCAUAAGCUGUGGGUUGUCCAGUAAAGAAAACAGACUAGAAGAAACUGAGAUGAUCAACUUAACUCUUCAUCCAUCCAAAACAAGAGGGCCUCAGGUGAGACUCUCCAGCAGCCAUAAGUGGAGUUACUCAUUCAUGAGAAAACACAGAAGAAGAUACAGCAAGAAGACAGCAUGUGUGUUACCUGCUCCAACGAGACCUCCUCAAAAAAACCAUUCUGGAAUGCUUCCAGAAAACUUUGGCUCUGUGAGAAGUCAGUUUUCUUCAUCCAGUAAGUUCAUACCAGGGGUCCCCACCUGCUUUGAGAUGAAACCUGAAGAAAACUCAGACAUUCAUGAAAUGAGAGUAAAACGUGCUCUCACAAGAAUAAAAAAAAGAUCUAGAAGUGUUUUUUACAGACUGACUAUUUUGAUACUAGUAUUUGCUGUUAGUUGGAUGCCGCUACAUCUUUUCCAUGUGGUAACUGAUUUUAGUGAUAAUCUUAUUUCAAAUAGGCAUUUCAAGUUGGUGUAUUGCAUUUGCCAUUUGUUAGGAAUGAUGUCCUGUUGUCUUAAUCCAAUUCUGUAUGGAUUUCUUAAUAAUGGAAUCAAAGCUGAUUUGAUGUCCCUUAUACACUGUCUGCAUAUGUCAUAA